UUGCUUAAUAAUUUUUUUUUUAAAAAAAAGAAAGGAAAAAAUAUAACCGCUCCCAUCAGGCAAUAGUUGGGCUGGAAUAUGCUUUGUUCAAUCUGCGCAGCACCGGAGAGUGGAAUUGGAUAAGAUGGCAGCUGCUGCAAGGGGCACAGCGAAAGCUGUGGCUGUCAUCGCCGGCGACAAAAACAACGUCGGAGGCUGCUUACACUUUCUCCAGGAUCCCCAUGGGACGACCCAUGUGAAGGGGAAGAUAACAGGGCUCACUCCAGGGCUUCAUGGGUUCCAUAUCCAUGCCCUUGGCGACACGUCUAAUGGCUGCAAUUCCACCGGACCGCAUUUUAAUCCGCUGAAGAAUGAUCAUGGGGGUCCAGCUGAUGCAGUGCGUCAUGCGGGCGAUUUGGGUAACAUUGUUGCUGGCGCAGAUGGCGUUGCUGAGGUUUGUAUAGAGGACACGCAGAUUCCAUUGAGUGGGCAGCACUCCAUAUUGGGGAGAGCAGUUGUUGUGCAUGCUGAUCCUGACGAUCUUGGCAAAGGUGGACAUGAACUUAGCAAGACAACUGGGAAUGCAGGUGCAAGAAUUGGGUGUGGUAAUUAUCUCUCCUCCCCUUUGCCUUUUCGUCUCUUGUUUCCCCCUCCUGUACUAGCUAUAUGUUAUUAUGUAGUGUUGGCUUUAGAGAUUUAAAGAGGAUGAUUUUGGAUUCGUUCACCCAUAUCUGUAUCCACUGCAAGAUAAGACCCUUUUCUAGUGAGUUUGGAUUUCAAUGAAAUCCCAUUUGUGAUUUGAAUGUACGAGGGGAAGCUGAAAUCAAAAAAUCAAACCCAAUUUUCCAAAUGCACGCAGAAGAAUUACAUAAAUGCAAUGAAGGGAUUUGGCCUGUGAAUUAUAAUUCUGACUUUGGCUUUCUCAUACUAGAUGGUCAUAAUUUGGCUUCCAAAAAGACAAUUAAUCAGAUUAUUAGACUUGCCCAACAAAUGGCGGUUCCAGUUUGCCUAAAUGAUGAGCUUUAAAAUCUUUCCUCUUUAUCUGUUUGUUUGGGAGGAUAACUUCUAUGACAUCUGUGUUUAACAGGUAUCAUUGGGCUCCAAUCAUCAGUGUAGCAUUUAUCACUGUUAUGUUGACUAUAGGGUGGGUUCAAUGUACGAUGUUGACCGAUAUUUAAGCAAUCCUCAUCUCUCAAUGUUCAAAUUAUCAACGUACAGUGGGAUUUUUGUUGGGCUUAGUGACCCUUUCAGGGUUUCUUGGUUGUAUAUGGGAUUUACAGGCACCGAGUUUGUUAAAUUUACUCACCAAAAUAAAUAAAUAAACAAGGGCUUUGUGAA